AUGAAAGAUGAUUUGAAAAAUUAAGAUUUUAUUGGAAGAUACUAAGAAUAGGAUUCUGAGGAAUCAAGAAUAUCAAUAAACUCUGGAGAUAUGUUAGAGGCUAUGUAAGAUGUAGAAAAGCAUUUAGAAGAAGGAGGAAUGGAUGAGUUUUAUGAAGAGAAUUUAAAGAGAAUUAAGGAUAAGAAGAAAUAGAAGAGAGAAUAGAAAAAGGUUGGGAGACUUGAGAUUUUAAAAGUUAAAAAGUUAUAGAAAUUACACGAGGUAGGAGAGGAUGAUCCAAGGAAGAUUACCUAUGUUAAGUUAAAGAGAGACAUAGAAUCUUACUUUAAUGAGGAGGAGAAGAGAUAACAGAAUUAAUAAUUCAAGAGUAAAAAAAAGUUGAAGUACGAAAAAGCACUCUACAAAUUGAAGAGUCAAAACAAAUACAUAAAGAAGUAAAUUGUGACAUUUUUUUAAGUCCUGUUACUUCUCAUAGGAGAGGGAGCAAUCAAGACUGGUAUUAUCAAAGGUGUAAAAUUGUAGUGA